AUGCCGCCGGACGUGAAACAUGCCCCAGAAGGAACUUGGGAGAGUGAACGAGGUUUCGGCGAGGGCGAGGGUGCCUGCAUCGACCUCGACAUGGCCGUGAUGUUGCGGGAAGAGACACGAAAGGCCUUGAGUCGGCCGCGGUCCGACUCGGACGGAGCGAAGGCGGGCUUCGAACAUUUGGGCAUGGCGUCCCAAGCCACACAGGACCGAUGCCCGGGGUGGCCCGGACCGGACUUUGAGAAUGUGAAGAUCAAAGAGGAUCCAGGAUCGCCUUCAGCCUCCUACAUCUCACAACAUGUGGAACCGGAGCCUUUGCCUGAAGGAUGGCUUUGUGAAGCAGCCCAUCGAGUGGCAGCAUCGUCCAUUUUCUCCACGAGUAUUAUGCUAGUGAUUGCCUUCAACUUGGUCAUGAUGGGCGUGGAGGUGGAUUUAGCAACACACCUCCCUCCAGGUGAAGAACUUCCUCCUGGGUAUUUGUACGUCAAUAUCAUCAUCGUUUGCAUCUUCAUUUUUGAGCUGGCAAUCAAGCUCACAGCUUAUGGGCUUAGACUCUUCUUUUGUGGGUCCGAGUAUUUGUGGAAUUGGUUUGAUGUUGUGAUCGUGGUGACGUCUUUGGUUGAGACGAUCAUGGAUGUCGUCACCAAAGCAAAUGUUGGGAAUUCCUUGGAUUCCAGCCACCUACGCGUGAUGCGAGCCGUUCGCCUGGCGCGUGCCUUGCGAGGCGUUCGGGUUGUGAAACUGAUCCGAUCCAUUGGGGCGUUGCGUUCAAUCGUUUUGGCGAUUGUGAGCACCUUGUGGUCUUUGGUUUGGACCUUGGUCUUGCUGGUGAUUCUCUUCUACGUGAUAGGUGUAAUCCUUGCUCAGCUGGUGGCCGACGGCUGCACUGCUCUUCAGGCUUCAGAUCCCAGCCGCACUUGCGACAUCGUGGCAGGGAUCCAAAAUGGCUGGGAGGAUCCAAUCGGCGUUUUGGUCGGGGCACUGGGCACUAUGGAUAUAUGGAAUGCAUUGGAAUGGGACAGAGACGGUUGCCGGCUCCGCUGGGUGGAUCUCGAUGGGCCUUGCGCCAAGGAGACGAUGCUCACCUUGUUCCUCUCGAUUUCGGGUGGUCUCAGCUGGGUGGAAGCCUUGGACCCCCUUCGAGUCUCGGAGACAGCGAUUGAAAGCGCCCAAGCCGACAAGGAGAUCGCCAUCAUGAAGCAAAUGGAAUGGAAAGAAGCUCAAUUGCGAGCCUUGAAAGGAGUCUUUGUGGAGAUCGACGCAGACAAAUCCAAUGUCAUCACCACUGAGGAACUGGAGGUGGCCAUGUCCAAAGACUCCUUGACCAAUUUCUUGGAAUCGAUGGACAUCUCGACCGGAGAUCUUCGAACCCUGUUCAGGAUCAUGGACCAGGAUGGUAGUGGCGAAAUCUCCUUUGAAGAGUUCAUCUCGGGUUGCAUGACGCUUCAGGGCCCCGCGCAGAGCAUUCAGGUGGAGGACCUGCGGCAUCAGACGAUGAUCCUGCGGAAGGAUAUUCAACGAAUUGGCCGCGAGUAUUGCAGUAGGGCGAGCGAUCGGGCACGGGUUAGGGCGGUUAGGGUUCGGAAAUGGGGAAGGCAAGAGGCUAUUCCGAGCGAUAGAAGGAUGGACUUGGAGUCAAGGAUACUCAAGGUGUGA